UAAGAAUAAGAUAUUAAAUUUGGGAUUUUUGGUCCUUAGAAUUUUGGGGAAAGUGGAAAUGGGUAGGGCCUUUGUGUAUGUAAUAUUGGGAGGAGGAGUUGCUGCUGGUUAUGCAGCUCAUGAAUUUGUUAAACGAGGUGUCUCUCAUGGCGAACUAUGCAUCAUCUCUGAAGAACCUGUUGCUCCUUAUGAACGACCUGCAUUAAGCAAGGGUUAUUUACUACCAGAAGAUCCUGCACGUCUGCCUGCUUUUCAUUGUUGUGUUGGUUCAAAUGAGGAAAGGUUGACACCGAAGUGGUACAAGGAAAACGGCAUUGAGCUGGUCCUUGGAACUCGUGUAAAAUCAGCUGAUGUGAGAAGGAAGACAUUGUUGACCGCAACCGGUGAAACCAUAACCUACAAGAUUCUCAUAGUGGCAACUGGUGCUCGGGCUUUGAAGCUUGAAGAGUUUGGAGUGAGUGGCUCAGAUGCUGAGAGUGUAUGUUAUUUACGGGAUUUGGCUGAUGCAAACAGGCUGGUUAAUGUGAUGCAAUCUAGCGGUGGUGGCAAUGCUGUUGUAAUUGGUGGUGGCUACAUAGGAAUGGAAUGUGCUGCUUCUUUGGUGAUCGGCAAAAUAAAUGUCACCAUGGUCUUUCCAGAAGCACACUGUAUGGCCCGCCUAUUUACUCCUAAAAUUGCAAGUUUCUACGAAGAAUUUUACCGGUCAAAAGGAGUUAAGUUUGUGAAAGGCACGGUCUUGACAUCAUUUGAUUUCGACUCCAAUGAUAAGAUGACUGCGGUGAAUUUGAGAGAUGGAACCAAGCUACCUGCUGACAUGGUCAUCGUAGGCAUUGGAAUUCGACCAAAUACCAGCCUCUUUGAAGGGCAACUUACUCUUGAGAAAGGAGGGAUAAAAGUCAAUGGCCAAAUGCAGUCAAGCAACAGCUCAGUCUAUGCUGUUGGGGAUGUUGCAACUUUUCCUGUCAAAAUUUUCGGUGAGACGCGGAGACUUGAACACGUUGAUUCUGCAAGGAAGUCAGCAAGGCAUGCAGUUGCUGCAAUCAUGGAACCAGAGAAAACAACAGAGUUUGACUACUUGCCAUUCUUCUACUCCAGAGUCUUCACACUCUCUUGGCAGUUCUAUGGUGACAGUACUGGUGAUGUAGUCCAUUUUGGGGAUUUCUUGGGGAAUAGCUUUGGUGCAUAUUGGGUGAACAAAGGUCACGUCGUUGGGUCUUUUCUAGAGGGUGGAACCAAAGAGGAGUAUGAGGCUAUUGCAAAGAUCACAAGGCUCAAACCAGCAAUUGAGGACUUGUCUGAUCUCGAAACGCAGGGUUUAGGAUUUGCAUUGACAUUGAGUGAUAAACCAGAGCCAUCGGAGGCUGUUGUUGUCAGCAGUAGUUCGGGUUCCACUUUUGUAACAGAGAAACCUUUACAUGUUUGGCAUGCAACAGCUGGAGUCAUUUUGGCUGCUUCAAUUGCUGCCUUUGCAUACUGGUAUGGUAGGAGGCGUAGAAGGUGGUAAAUGUCUUGUUCCCCACGGAAGAUUUUUACACGUCGAUUCCUGCUGUGUUGUAUGAUUUUAGCUUAGAGAAUUUGAAAUACUUGGCCUGUAAAUGGCUUCAAUUUUACAAACAUGUAUUCUGUCUUUACAGUAUAUAUCAAUACACAUUAUCCUCAAUCCCUCAG